UCGAGCUAACAGUAUCAUUAUCGGGAGCUGAUCCGUGCUAACACGAGGGUUUCCUCCGAGCAGAGUACCUGAUCUCCGGAUUAGAAGGUAGAUCACGCAUCGGUCUGGCAGCGCCGCUGUGUGUGUGUGCGUGUGUGUGUGUGUGUCCACAACAGAAAACGUGAUCUACGUUAAACUGUGACCAAAUCUUGGACGCAUUCCUGCGUUUGAACAAUGACUGCACCCCAAGGAGAAUAAAUAUCCCCAAAUCUUCUUACUGGAAACUUUUGAAGAUAUUUUUUUGGUCAGCCGGAAAAAGUUUGUUCCAUAUUAUCUAUAUAUCUGUUUCUGUGUUGUGUAUUUAUACACAUCGGAAACUAUUUAAUACACUCGCUGGCUGUGGGUUUCUCCUCUUUGAAUAACCAUAUAGACGACCCCUCUUGUGAUUGCCCGUCUCGGAUUUUUUUUUUAUGUUUUAAAUGUUUUAUAGCAAUCUGUUUUUUUAAUGUUUGGAAUCCACGAUCAUUUAUCCAGAGGGGGAUCGGAUAUUAAACAGAAGACCGUCGGAGUUGAGAUGGAUUCCAUCCGGUCUUGGGUGCGCAAUGUCGGUGUUGUGGAUGCUAAUGUAGCGUCGCAAAGUGGCGUGGCUCUGUCCCGGGCUCACUUUGAGAAGCAGCCCCCCUCCAAUCUCCGCAAAUCCAACUUCUUCCACUUCGUACUGGCGCUAUACGACCGACAAGGACAGCCGAUCGAAAUCGAGAGGACCUCCUUCAUCGACUUUGUAGAACAUGAAAAGGAACAAAGUGGUGAGAAGACAAAUAAUGGAACACACUACAAACUCCAGCUUCUGUACAGCAAUGGGUUGCGGACGGAGCAGGAUCUGUACAUCAGGCUCAUUGACUCUGCAUCCAAACAGCCCAUCUCGUACGAAGGGCAGAAUAAGAACCCUGAGAUGUGCCGUGUGCUGCUGACUCACGAAGUCAUGUGCAGUCGAUGCUGUGAGAAGAAGAGUUGUGGGAAUCGCAACGAGACCCCCUCAGACCCCGUGAUCAUCGACAGAUUUUUCUUGAAGUUCUUCCUCAAGUGCAACCAGAACUGUCUGAAGACAGCAGGGAACCCGCGAGACAUGCGGCGUUUCCAGGUGGUCCUCUCCACGACGGUCAAUGUGGACGGUCAUGUCCUGGCGGUGUCCGACAACAUGUUCGUCCACAACAACUCGAAGCACGGACGCCGCGCCCGGAGGCUUGACCCCUCGGACCCGACAGAGCCUGGCAUGGAGUACGCCACGCCCUGUAUCAAAGCCGUCAGUCCUAGCGAGGGCUGGACAACAGGAGGCGCCAUGGUCAUGGUCAUUGGAGAGCACUUCUUCGAUGGGCUUCAGGUGGUCUUCGGGACCAUGCUGGUCUGGAGUGAGCUGAUCACGCCCCAUGCCAUUCGCGUGCAGACCCCUCCCCGGCACAUCCCUGGAGUGGUGGAGGUGACCCUGUCCUACAAGUCCAAGCAGUUCUGCAAGGGGGCGCCAGGCCGCUUCAUAUACACAGCCCUGAACGAACCCACCAUUGACUACGGCUUCCAGCGUCUCCAGAAGGUCAUUCCCAGACACCCAGGAGACCCAGACAGGCUGGCCAAGGAGAUGCUUCUCAAGAGAGCUGCUGACCUGGUGGAGGCUCUGUAUGGAAACGCACAGAGUAACCAGGACAUGCUGUUGAAGCGUGCAGCAGAUAUCGCGGAGGCUCUUUACAGCGUCCCUCGCUCUCACAGUCAGCUCCAGGCCCUGCCCAGCUCCCCGGCCCACGGUAGUGUCAUGGGGCUCAACUCCUACAGCAGCCAGCUGGGGGUCAGCAUCGGAGAUCCCAGCCAGAACGGGCAAGGUUACAUCCGGAACACCAGCAGCCUGUCCCCGCGUGGCUACCCCUCUGCCUCCACGCCCCAGCAGGGUGGCUACGGCAGCACGGGCGGGAUGAACGGGUACGGCACGGUGCCCAUGUCCUCGCUCGGAGUGCCAGGCUCGCCAGGGUUCACCAGCGCCUCCCCCACAGCCUCACCCUACGGAAUCAUGCCCUCCAGCCCCACAGUGCCCGGCUCUGGCGGCGCCUCCAUGUUGCCCUUCUCCUCCUUCCCCUCGGUCAAGCAGAAGAGUGCCUUCGCGCCAGUCAUCCGCCCGCAGGGCUCCCCCUCCCCAGCCUGCCCAGGCGCCGGGGGCAACGGCUUCAGAGCCAUGACCGGUCUUGUUAUCCCUCCAAUGUAAGAGACCUCCCCUCCUCCCCCUAUCCCCUCUGACGGCAUGACAGUGGAACCCCAAAACGGGAGGCCCCCUCCGAUUGAACCCUGGAUUCAGGACUCCCCCAUUUUGGGAUUUUUAACUUGAUCCUCGAGCCUGGUACAAACUGUAUGGAUAAACACACCGGGAGACUGGAGGGGUCCCUGUAGCUAACCUGGCAGAAACGACACGGGGAGAACAAGCUAAUGCUUCUGUCCAAGCGGACAAAGCAGCACGAAGCUGCUGUCCAUCCACACAGGGGACUGCGAGACGAUUCAGGGGGUCUGUCUCUUAACUAAAGGGAUGUGGAGCAAUUCUCUCGACUCGCAAACACACACAGGAACCGAACAAGAGCAGCAGACUUGAAGCCGCAGAGAUCUGAGCAUUUUACCAGCUGGUAUCAGGACAUUAUCCCACCCAGGAAACUGCAAAGACACGAGUUAAGCUUUCUGCUCUGUUUUACAAACUCUUAUUUGUGAGGAACUGAGACGGGAUCGGACCGACAGACAGACACGCUCAGAACCCAAGCACGGCGUUUGCUGCCCCUUUGUCCAUUAUUUAAAAAUGAUACAAUUUAACUUAUUAUUAUAGUUAGAGUAAGGCAUAAUAUAAACCCAUUUGUUCUCCAUUUUUGUACUAUUAUUAUUAUUAUUAUUAUUAUUAUUAUUAUUAUUAUUAUUAUUAUUAUUAUUAUUAUCUUGCUGAAUAGUUCUCUCCCUAUAUAAAAAUAAGAAUUACAAGGGGAAGAAAAGUGAGAUGUGAAAAGUUUUCAAAAGCAAAACUAUUUUGGCAAAAUCUAAUUAGGAACUGUUAGAAUAAACUGAGGGGGCGGCCCGACUGUGAUUUGUUAAGUACCUGAUUCAUCAGACGACUAAAGGAGAGCUAAACAGGGUUAAAUCCCACCUUCUAUUAUAGAAUUCAUUCAGAAAGCUGCUCUGGCAGCGGAUUCUAAUCUAUAAUGUAAAAAAAUGUUUUAUUAAAAUAAAAUCAAACAAUAUGUUGCAAGUAUGACAUUAUUUUAACCCUUGAUUAGCGGCCCUUUAAAAGCUGGCUGAUCUGAACAAUAUGUUCAUUUAUUAGUGUGUUUACACGUCCGUGUGUUUGAGAUUUUUAUACCCAGCUGCGCUGGUCUCUGCUUAUCAUGUUCUCAUGUCUCUAACCCUCACUGCUUUGAGAUGACGAUGCAUAAGGGACUUUUCUGGAUUUUGUUUUAUUGUUUCAUUUUUAAUUUUAUUUUCAGUUUCAUUUUAUUUAUUUUUUCCGCUGCACACUUUUUUAAAUAUGCAUGGUUUCUAAACCACCUUUUUAUAUAUACAGUAUAUAUAUUUUUUGUGAAAAUAUAAUUAUUUUUAAUUUUGUAUAGACUUUGGUAUUUCUAUUGUAUUUUUUGCUUUGUUUGCAUUAUUUUUAAGUUUCUACUAUAUCCCUACAGUCGCUACACAGUAAAGGGUUCUGUUAAAAAUAUAUAUAUAUAUACAAAUAUUAUCAAUGAUAUAACGAAAAUGCAGCUGAUUUUAUUAUUUCAAAACAUGCUCAAUAUUAGGAAGAAAAACUGUCAAAUGUACAAUUUGAAGUCAUGAAACGUAAGUGAUCUGAAUCAUUUUCGAAUAAAAAAAACAUUCAUACUGUA